GUUUUCCCCUUGGAGCAGAAUCGAUAAAAACUAAUUCUUAUUAUGGGAGAAAUGUGGCACAACCAACAGUGAUGAACAAUGUCGAUUGCUCCGGCGAGGAGAGAAGCUUAUUUUCCUGUUCAUACACUGGAGAUAUAUGUAAUAAUGAACACAUUGCAGGGGUCAAGUGUCAAGGACCAGUGAGGCUACAAGGAGGCGAUUCUUCUCAUGGCCGAGUGGAGGUUUAUACACAAGGUAGAUGGGGUACGAUAUGCAGUGAACAAUGGGAUAUACAAGACGCCAUUGUGUUAUGCCGGGAGCUCGGAUUUUCAACUGGUGCUUCAUCUGCGCGGGACCCUGAUGUCACAGAUCUUGCAACAGGUGACAUCUGGAUGUGGGAUACUGAAUGUGAUGGUUCUGAAGACAGUAUAUUUUACUGUCUCUCUGGCAAACCUAUCGGAAGUCCACCUUCAACGUGCACACAUAGCACCGACGCCAGUGUAAUUUGCAUUUGUUUCGAGGGUGCUGUUCGACCAUUGUACUCUGCGUUCUAUGGCGUAUCUGUCGGCGAUAUUCGUCCUUAUCAGAUGAACUGUCUUGGCACAGAAUAUUCGAUAGCUGACUGUCCUUUACAGAAUGUCAAUAGUUCCACAUGUGAUCAUAGUAAAGACGCAUCUGUUAUUUGCCAGACGCAAUCGGUUCAUCUUGUUGGUGGCCAUACACCAUACGAAGGUAGAGUGGAAUAUUUCGAUUCAGGUGAAUGGAGAUCUGUUUGUAACAAUGGCUGGGAUAUUAAUGAUAUUGAAGUGGUGUGUAAAGAAUUGGUUGUCUCACAUACUCGGAGUUCCCAGAAUAAACCUUACAAUUUUCCUCAUUUCCAUGCUGGGCUUAUAAAAUCAGGUCACAUACUGGGUGCCAAGCUAGUAGUGACCCGCAAUUACUUUGGCAGUGGAGUUGGUAACCUAUCACUGGAUCAAGUAGAAUGUAGUGGUAGUGAAACACGCCUCAAGGAAUGCACUUCAAUAAUUGCAAGUAGAUGUGACCACAGUCAGGAUGCAGAAUUGAUCUGUAAACCCACAGUCCGUUUGGUUGAUGGAACUACAAAUCACAAAGGGAGAGUGGUGAUUUAUUCUGAUGGUGUUUGGAGAUCUAUAGCCAAUACAAUGUGGGAAAUUACUGAUGCCAAUGUUGUAUGUAAAGAGCUAGGUUUUACUCUGGGAGCCAAUAUGGACGAUUGCUGCCCAGCUUACGAUGCAAGUCAUGGACCUCUUUGGGGGGACAUGGUCCAAUGCACUGGAACAGAACAUAGUGUUCGCAACUGCUGGCAUAGUACAACUGCAGACAGUGGUUUGAUGGCAGCUGGAGUCAACUGCAUAGAUCCCGAAGUACGUUUAAACGGGCAUACCCCAUAUCAAGGACGGCUUGAAGUUAAAAUAAAUGGCGAGUGGGGCACAGUGUGUGAUGUUGGGUUUUACGAUAGUGACGGUGGUGUGGUCUGUCGACAGCUUGGGUUCAGUCUCGGACUGACGACUAUUCCACGGAGAGCAUAUUAUGGUCGUGGGACUGGUCAUAUAUGGAUGGAACAGCAAUAUUGUUUUGGUCAUGAACCUAAUGUUGCUUAUUGUCCAUCAAUUCGAACAACUAGUAUGUCAAGAUGUGGUCACAAUAGGGAUGUGGGAAUCGUAUGUAAUGGGUUUCCAGGAGUGGAUGCCUACUUAAAUAAGAACGAUCUUUCCAUUCCGAAUGGCUCUGGUCCAAUUCUUCUGAGUAAUCUCCAAUGUUCUGGGACUGAGAAAAGUAUUAUGGAUUGUCCAGCGGGAACCAGUGGGGUGCAGACAUGCAAUGAUGUUCUGAUAGCAUGUUUGGAUAAUGUUCGCAUGGUUGCUGGCAUUUCGUACUUUGAUGGUCGUGUUGAGGUGUACCAUAACGGACAGUGGGGAUUGGUUUGUAACAGUGGCUUCGAAGUGAGCGAUGCCAAUGUUGUAUGCAAGGAACUUGGGUUUCCUCUCGGGGUAAAAACUAUUCUCCCGCCUGGUGUAUUUGGUGUGGAGGAGAAACCAGUUUGGAUGACUGAUGUAGGUUGUCAAAGUUAUGAGGAUUCCAUAUUUCAGUGUCCUCCACAUCCCCCACUAGGUACCAUAGGAUGUACAGCUGCUGAUAGUACCAAUAUAGAAUGCAAACCACCAUUCCAGUUUGUGGGUGGCCGUCUUCCGUACGAAGGUCGUGUUGAUGUGUACAACGAAGGCCAAUGGGGAACGAUAUGUGACACAAACUGGGAUAACAUAGACGCUGAAGUUAUAUGCAGAGAACUCGGUUUUCCAUUUGGUGGAAUCGCCUACCCCAGUGCUCACUAUGGACAAGGGUCUGGACCGAUAUGGUACGAAAACGUACAGUGUGAUGGUACAGAGAACUCUAUCAUGUCAUGCCCCAAGGCCACCAGUGGUUCUACUUCUUGUACUCAUGCCCAAGAUGCAAGUGCCGCAUGUGCAGUACCCAUUCGCCUAUUUGGUGGACCGUCGCACAAUGAAGGACGCUUGCAAGUUUAUCAAAGUGGUACAUGGGGUUAUGUAUGUGAUGAUUACUUUGAUGUUAUCGAAGCCAAUAUUGCUUGCAAAGAACUCUCUUACGAGUAUGGAUCCCAGCAACAUUUCCAUAAAUCAUACUAUGGAACAGAUAGUGCACCAAUAUGGGCAGAUGAUAUGGGAUGCCGGGGAAGGGAACAGAGCAUAAUGCAAUGCGAAUUCAGCUUUAUACACAAUUGUUACCAUGGUGAAACUGUUGGCCUCAAAUGUUUUAUUUCGCCGCCAGAUUAUUAUUAUUGGCCAAUGGACAAGUUGGAAUCGAACAAGCUAAUAGGCGCAAAUGGAUUGGUAGGUACUACUUCCGGAAAUGUGAUCAUUCGCAAAGGUCAAUUUGAGGAUUCAGUUUUCAUUGAAGGAGAAGGUCAAUGGAUUGACCUUGGCAAAUUCCCAGAUAGUUGUCUUGAAAAUCUUUACAAAUGCGACACAGGGAUCACUGUGAGUAUGUGGAUAAAGACGGGAUUACUGGAAGAAAAACAGUUAAUACUUCGUUCCGGUACAAGGGCAACAGAUGGUUUUGAAUUUACGUACUUGGAUGAUCGCUUUCAACUCACUGUAAGAGCAGGGAACAUGUAUUGGAAUGUGGUGCUAUACAGCAUGUUUAAUCAAUGGACACACGUUAAAUUUGUGUGGAUGAGAACACUAGGAGUGGAACUGUAUAUCAAUGAUUAUUUAGCAGCGACAGAUGUGAUGGGAAUGAUAUCUACCUACACGACAGCGAAUGAUGAAGCCGGACAUGUUGUGAUUGGGAGAUCAAUCGAUGACAUUCCAGGAAAGAAAGCAGAAAUAUAUAUAGAUGAAUUAGAAAUUAAGAUGGAAUAUGAUAAUACAACAGAACCACUGAACCUCGCUUUGAACAAACGCAGCUAUGUUAGCAGUAUUGAGGGUAAUGACCAUCGUUAUAUGGCGCCAUCUGCGGUAGAUGGUAUUUUAGACACAUUCUGUUUUACUUCGUCUGAUGAUACACAACCAACACUGCGAAUAGACCUUGGCAGAACAUAUGGGAUUACUCAUGUUGUGGUGCGGGCAGCUGAUCCUGCCUACAUUGGUUGUAUGACAGACCAGGGAGAAUUUACUGAUAGUUUCGGAAAGGCAUCUAUUGGUGAAUGUCGCAAAUAUUGCAAACAUGCUGGAUUUUCUACUGUGCAAUUGACAACGAUCAUGAUUGCACGUGUUCAAAUUCAUACACUCCAAGCGAUAUGA